UUGAGUCUAAUCUGGUCUGUGAUGGUAAACAGAACUGCACUUGCCCACCAACUAGCUCAGUUUAGUUCGGAUGCUGACCCGUCAGCAGUGACUGCCAACACCUCGGGGGUGACUGAGGCAUUCUCUGCGCUGUCUGGGGAAUGAAUGCAGUGCGGUGUGCUUGCCUGCUUCCUCGGGAACUAGACACAGCUGGACCCCCGAGGGCGGAGGCCGAGCGUGGCAGGCACAACCUGACCUUGGCCGCCCUCCUGUCUCCCGGGCAGCCGGCUACCUGAUAGACAGCAGCUAUAGUUGGAAACCUUCAGUCGUUGUCUCUCUGGUGCCUACCCCUCCUCCAGCACAGCCCCGGGAACACGGCACGCAAUGGGAACUGUGCCUCUGGGGCGUCACCCACAUAAUAUGAUUUAUAAACUUGUCGGUCGUGGCAGCGCGACGCUCAGCCGGGGCGGCGUGCGCGGCGGGCAGGACCAGUUCAGCUGGGAGGAUGUGAAGACUGACAAGCAGAGGGAGAACUACCUGGGCAACUCGCUGAUGGCCCCGGUGGGCCGCUGGCAGAAGGGCCGUGACCUCACUUGGUACGCCAAGGGCCGGGCGAACAGCGCUGGGCUGAGCCGGGAGCAGGAAUUGGCGGCUGUGAGGCAGGCGGAACAGGAGGCGCUCAUGGCAGCGCUAGGCUACAAGAACGUAAAGAAGCAGCCCACCGGCCUGAGCAAGGAGGAUUUUGUCGAAGUUUGUAAGCGGGAAGGUGGUGACCCCGAGAAAGGAGUGGACCGGCUUCUGGGUCUGGGGAGCUCCAGUGGCUCUGUAGGGCGAGUGGCGCUGUCCCGGGAAGACAAAGAGGCCGCUAAGCUGGGGCUUUCGGUAUUCACGCACCACCGCGUGGAGAGCAGUCGGCCAGGGACCUCCUUAGCUUUGGCCAAGAAGAAGCCUCGGUCAGAGGAGAAGGUGGAGCCGGGUCCUGAAAGCCACAGGAAGAGCAGGAAAGAGAAGAAAAAGAAGAGGCACAAGAAAGAGAAGAGAAAGAAAGAAAAGGAGCAUGGGAGAAGGCUGGAUUCCUCACUGCCCCCUGCUCCCACCCAGCAUGACUCUGACUCUUCAACUUGCUGCAAGAAGCGCAGGCACGACAGCGACUGAGGCCCAGGGGUCUGGAGGACUGGCCUGUGGGGGUUACCCCAGGCUCCCGUAGAGGCUUGCAAGUCCCUCGGUCAUGUCCAACUCUUUGCGACCCCAUGGACUACAGCCCGCCAGGCUCCUCUGUCCAUGGAAUUCUCCAGGCCAGAAUACUGGAGGCUCAGUUGUGGUCCAGUAUGGCUACUUCUAUUUUUCUUUGUAUUGACUCACUCUUUGUACUUAAAUAAACUUAUUUUAAGGGGAAAGUGUCUUAUA